UGCAUCUUUGUCGAAGAGCAUUCAAUACUUUCGCUUUAUUGAUGAUUGUAAACUGAUAGCACUGUCUCGCUCAUCCAUCUUGCAACCCCCGGGUUGAGCGUGUCUUCUCAGUGCAGGUCUCGCCAUUAUGGCUUCGUUAUCAUUCGCCUUACUACCAGAGGCAGCGUCUCAGUUCUAUGACAUGCUGUCAUGCCUUGCUAAGUUUAGCGAUACUGUUUCAAUUGAAGCCCGUGAAGAUCGUUUGUUGAUAUGUACUCUUAAUUCAUCAAGGUCGGGAUAUGCUGGCUUCACACUCGACUAUCCACAAUUUUUCUCGGAAUAUAGUUUCAACCUGGCACGACCAACAACUAGUUCGACAAGCGUAAACAAGUACUCUUUUCGGAUUCUCAACAAGGCACUCAUCUCCGCAUUCAGAAGCCGUGUGGCUGACCAGAGGACACGGAAUACGACUGUUGAUAAAUGGGUUGUCACGGUGCAAGAUCGCCUAGACGAAACCGAGUGUAGACUGGUCAUUCAAGCCAUCUGCAAUGGAGGCAUCACGAAAACGUACAGAUUAACAUUUGAGGAGGCAGAAGUCACGUUCGCUUUGUUCGAGAAGAAUGAAGCCAAGAACUGCUGGGUGAUUUCCUCUACCAUGCUAAAAGAGAAUACGGAUUUCUUUGGACCUCGAGCGGAGCAACUAGACAUCUGCCAUGAAAAUGGCAAGAUCAGCUUCAUCAGCUUCACUGAGAAGAUAGUAAACGCCAAGAAAGAAGUCCUAAAGCAUCCCUUGCAGACUACUAUAGCAAUCAACGCCCCCGACUUCGAGGAGUGUGAAGUCCUUGAACAGUUGCAUAUCACUAUUAGCGUCAAAGAAUUCCGGUCCGUUGUGGCCCAUGCCGCAUCGCUGAAUGUUUCACUCCGAGCGACAUAUUCUCGCCCAUCGAGACCCCUGCAAUUCAGCUACGGGCUCAAUGGGGUCAAAAGUCAAUUCAUUCUCAUGACGGCGGGGGAGUACCGUGGACCUCAAGUACAACCGACGGCGCAAGAACCGCUGUCAGUCUUGAGCCGCCCGACCAACAUCACCGUUCCCAUAACUGCAGACAACACCAUGGGGGCUCCGCCGGUUCCUCGUAUGGCUCAACGGAAGCCUAAUGAGAGCAAUCGGGCGCUUGGGCGGGUAAGUCCGGUCAAAGCCAAGGCAGUCUCGCAGCAGAAUGAGACUCUGUUUGUUCGGGAUGACGACGAGGCGUGGGAUCCGCCAAACUUUGAUACGGAGGAGUCGGUGCGGUGGGAUGCUAGCGGUGAUUUCAGCCAACUCCAGUCCUUCCGGGAUAGUGGUACAGUGAGCGGCCAGUCCGCCGGCCCUGCGACUGAAAAUGUGGAUACCGAAGUGCCAGCGACGCAGCGCGUAUCUCAGAUUCGGGGUCUUUGGGGCUAAGAGCUAACCCCGGGUGCAAUUCUGGUAUCCGGAUGCCGUCAAUCGAAAUCAUGACAUCUGGGACACUACCAAUGUUAGAACAGCGGCGGAAUCAUUCCGCUACCUGUAUCCAAGAAGUCGCACAGCCAGCUCCGAGGCUGACAACGACACCUUGAACUUCGAGCUCGUUGCACCGGUCUUGCACAUCACCAUUCGGCGCGUCGUCGAUACUGCCAUACAAUGCUCACUCCCAGUGGCAAUCAUGGAAAUACGAGGAAGGCCGUUUGGGCAAAGCUGGCCAUGGUCAUUUCUGCCCCAAGACAACAUUUCACCGC